UGGCAACAUUGCUUUCUUGGAUUCGACGGAUUCGACAAGUCAACGCAAAGUAAUUUCGGAAUUUCUUCAAAUAUUCUUAUAAGAAAUAGCUAAUAGAAACUCUCAAGAUGAAGAAAGUAAUUUUUGUUUGCUUGUUGACCGUUUCCGUUUGCCUGAGCGAGCCCCCGAAGCCCGCGGAAGAUGCGGCUCCCCCAGCUCCUAAAGACUCCGCGGCCGUUCCGGGCGCCCCCGCCGCUCCGGGCGCCUCCGCCGCUCCGGCACAUGAACCGGCCCCAGCAGCCGGCUCACCAAGCACCCCCACACAAUCCGCUACCGUCCCAACCAGCCCUAUCACCGUGUCGAACGACUCCAAGAACGCUACAGUGACACCAAUGCCCGUCGUUCCGACGAACGCCAGCAACAAUACUGACGAUAAGAAGACGACUACCGCCAAGCCUGAUACGCCGGUGACGAUGCCCACGGUACCAACGACGCAGAAGCCCCCAACUACGACGCAGAAGGCCCCAACUACGACGGAGAAGGCUGCUGUCACCACGGAGAAGCCACACACUUUGCAGGCUAGAGGUUUCGACGGCGCGAGCUUCGUCGGCGGCAUCAUCCUCACGCUGGGACUCCUUGCCAUCGGCUUUAUGGGCUUCAAGUACUACAAGGCCCAAACUGAAAGAAACUAUCAUACUCUCUAAACUUACUGUCUAGCUUCACUUCAAUUAUCUACGUAAGUGCACCUAACUUUUAUUUUCAUUUGUUUGACACUGAGUGAGUGCCCUAAGCACAUGUUCAGGAUACAGGGUGAUUAUUGAGUUAUCGAAUUCAUUGGUGGGUGGGCAUUAAGUGUUUGCUCUAUAGCAAGAUAGUCAAAAUUUGUGAAUCUGAUACAAGCCACUGAUUUUAUGUUUUAAUUGUUAGGUUUAAGUGUAUAGAUAUUUGGCAUUUGUCUUGCGGGUGUUUUUUUAUUUUACGUUAUCAUUGAAGUAGCCUCUUUUGUUUUUAACUUUGGUAUUACUAUGUUAUAAAAAUCUUUAAAUUUUGACUCAAUGUACGUUAAGGAUGCAAUCAACGUAUUUUGUAAAUUUUAUCUGAUGUUAAAAAUGUUAUAAUAGUCGAUGUUUAUAAGUGUCCAUCUUUUCUAAACUAAAUCUGAUGUCAUGGCCUCUCAACAAACCAUAGCACUUUCUACUGCAUUUUCUUACUUUCUUGCAUUCAAUCUUCAAACAAUUUUAGUUUUUAAUAGAGAUAUUAUUAUUGUUAAGUGUAAGUAUAAGGAAACGCAAUGUGAUGAUGAAAAUAAGGGUCUAAAAUAUUAGCUAUUUUGGUUUGGCACAUGAAAGAUGAAUCUCCUACUAAAUUAAUCCUCCUAUAUACGCGUAAGGCCCAGCGCAUGAACCAAUCGUAAUACUCCUAGAGUCAUUUUAGUAAAUGAUUUAGUAUAAAGUAUUACUUGAGUUGUUACAACGCUCUGGGGAAAACAAUUCACUCGAAUAUUCUUGUAUUAAUCAAGACAUCUCAAGGAUGAUGUGACGUCAACAUAUGUACAGAGAUUCUUGUGUAUUGUUAUUUAUUACGCGCAUUUACUUAUCUGCAUUUGUAUGAGGAUAACGUUAACUCAAAUAAUUAAUGAAUCUCUUCUUUAUAGUGUCAAACCAAUUCUGUAUAUUUUGAUUUUGUAAUUUUGCACGCUGAUAUUGUGAACUGGAAAGAUUCCAUCCUGAAGUGCUCUUAAUUGAUCUGAACUAAAUAUUUAUGUAUAUUCUGAAGCUUUCAACCACUAGAAAAGUUUCCUGUCAUCUAAACUACUGCUAUCAGCUAAAUGUCACAGUCAAUAGUUAUAUGAAUAAAUUUAUAUACCAAA